AUGUCGCAGUACUCUGGAAAGAUAGUGUUUUACGAGGGUAAGUGCUUCACCGGUCGGAAGCUGGAGGUAUAUGGCGACUGCGAUAACUUCCAGGACCGCGGUUUCAUGAACCGCGUGAACUCCAUCCGUGUGGAGAGCGGCGCAUGGAUCUGCUACGACCAUCCUGACUUCAAGGGCCAACAGUACAUGCUGGAGCGCGGCGAGUACCCCGAAUUCCAGCGCUGGAACUCCCACAAUGACCACAUGGGCUCCUGCAAGCCAAUCAGGAUGCAUGGUGAGCACUACAGGAUUGAACUAUUCGAGGGCUGUAACUACAGCGGCCAGUGCAUGGAGUUCUGCGACGACUGCCCUUUCCUACAGAGCCGCGGCUUUAGCAAAUGCGUCAACUCCGUCAGGGUCUUCGGCGACGGAGCCUGGGUCAUGUAUGAGGAGCCAAACUUCCGUGGGCGUAUGUACAUCGUGGAGAGAGGAAACUACUGUGGCCACAACGAGUGGCAGGCCCAGAAUCCCAACAUCCAAUCCAUCCGCAGGGUUGUCAACUACUUCUAA